AUGAGCAUCCAUAUUUUUUUUCAAUCUGACUCAGCACUCUUUCAAUACUUUACAUUAACAAUGAAGAUCUCUCAAGAGACAAUUAGCAAACUACAGCUGGAUGCUUCUUGCAUCAGGAAUAUAUGUAUCCUUGCUCAUGUUGAUCAUGGUAAAACAUCACUUAGUGACUCUUUGUUGGCAACAAAUGGAAUAAUCUCGCAACGUAUGGCAGGAAAGAUACGAUACUUAGAUUCGAGAGAGGAUGAGCAACUAAGAGGAAUUACAAUGGAGGCAUCUGCUAUUUCCUUGUACUUUAGAAUAAUGAGAAGACAAAAAGGAGAUGAAGAAAAGAUUGACGUUAAGGAGCACUUGAUUAAUUUGAUUGAUUCACCUGGUCAUAUUGAUUUCUCUUCAGAGGUGAGCACAUCUUCGAGAUUGUGCGAUGGAGCCAUUGUAUUGGUUGAUGCAGUCGAAGGUGUCUGUUCACAAACUAUUAAUGUUUUACGUCAAUGUUGGAUUGACAAACUAAAGCCUAUUUUGGUUAUUAACAAGUUGGAUCGGUUGAUUACUGAGUGGAAGCUCAGCCCCCUCGAGGCAUAUCAACAUAUAUCGAGAGUCAUAGAGCAAGUCAAUUCAGUUAUAGGGUCCUUUUAUGCCGGAGACAGACUUGAAGAUGAUUUAAAUUGGCGAGAAGCUGGGGAAGUUGGGGAAUUUGUUGAAAAAGAUGACGAAAAUUUGUACUUUGUGCCUGAAAAGAACAACGUAGUAUUUGCUUCAGCCAUUGAUGGAUGGGCAUUUACAGUCAAGACAUUUGCAGAAAUAUAUCUGAAAAAAUUAGGCUUCUCCCAAAAUGCAUUAUCAAAGACUCUCUGGGGGGAUUUUUACUUGGACAUGAAAAAUAAAAAGAUUGCUUCUGGCAAAAAGCUCAAAGGAGGAAACAUGAAGCCAUUGUUUGUUUCCCUAAUUUUGGAUCAAAUCUGGGCCGUGUAUGAAAACUGUUUAAUUGAGAGAAAUCUGGAAAAGUUGGAGAAAAUUAUUGAAAAGCUAGGAGCCAAAAUCUCACCUCGUGAUUUAAGAUCUAAAGAUUUGAAAAACUUGUUAAAUCAAAUAAUGUCACAAUGGAUACCAUUGAGCCAUGCCGUGUUGGGUACUGUCAUAGAUAACUUGCCUAGCCCCGUUGAAGCACAACUGGAAAGGAUAGACCAGAUUUUGGAAGAGACUAUUUAUAGCGCAGUUGAAACUGAGCAGGACAAAAGCAAACUUGUUGAUCCCAGUCUUGUAACAGCCUUGCAUGAUUGUGACAGCUCACAUGCUGACAAGCAUACUAUGGCUUAUGUUUCGAAAUUAAUAUCGGUGCCUAAUGAAGAGCUACCGAAGGAGACAGAAGUCGGUACUGAUGUCUCUGCGGAAGAGCUUAGAGAGAGGACUAGGAUUGCAAGGGAGUUGGCCAAGAAAGCUUCUGAAGCUGCAGCCGCGGCACAAGACAGCAGGGCAAACGAUGAGUAUACCAUUAAACCGAAAAAGGACCCAUUUGAGUGGGAAUUUGAAGAAGAGGACUUUGAGCAAGAGGGGGAAGAAGAUACUGAGGCCAGUGAAGAAACUCUAGUCGGCUUCGCUCGCGUUUAUUCUGGUACCCUAUUCAAGGGUCAGAAACUAACCGUUAUUGGACCAAAAUAUGAUCCCUCAUUACCAAGAGGUCACGAAAAGAAUGUUGAUCAAAUUGUUAACGAUGUGGAGAUAAAAGAUUUGUUUUUGAUCAUGGGUAGAGAAUUGGUGAGAAUGGAGCACGUUCCUGCUGGUAAUAUCGUUGGUGUAGUCGGGUUAGACAAUGUUGUUCUUAAAAAUGCAACCAUUUGCUCAGCUAUACCUGGGGAUAAGCCGUAUGCCAAUUUUUCCUCCACGUCAACUUUAAUCCAUAACAAGCCAAUUAUGAAGAUAGCUGUUGAGCCAACAAAUCCUAUGAAGUUGGCAAAAUUGGAACGCGGUUUAGAUCUACUUGCUAAAGCUGAUCCUGUUUUGGAAUGGUACAUUGACGACGAGUCGGGAGAAUUGAUUGUCUGUGUUUCUGGGGAGCUUCAUUUGGAGAGGUGUUUGAAAGAUUUGGAGGAGCGAUUUGCCAAAGGUUGUGAGGUUUCAGUAAAAGAGCCAGUCAUACCAUUCAGGGAAUCAUUGGCUGAUGAUGUGGUGAACAAGGAGAGGAUUGAUGAACUAGCAGAUGAAGAGGAAAGCGAUGAUACAGACCUCGUGGGCCUUGAUUUUGAUGUUUUUCCUUUGUCAACUGAAAUCACACAGUUCUUAAUUGGCAAUGAAGGAUUGCUAAGUGAGAUUGCUAGAAGCAAAACAAAUAAUCUGGAGGCGAGGAGUUUGUUUGCUGAGAAAUUGACUAUGCUAAUCGACCAAGAUAAGUCAUUUUAUGGAUUUGAAAAUGCCAAAACAUUUGUUGAUCAUAUAGUAGCAUUUGGUCCUAAACGAGUUGGUCCAAAUAUCUUUUUAGAUAAAACGGACAAACUCAAACACUUUUUCGCUACUGAGCAUCCAGAGGAACCAUUUCAGUUUGAAAACAAUAUCCUAAAUGGUGCUCAAUUGGCACUCAAUGAAGGACCGUUAGCUGCUGAGCCAAUGCAAGGUAUAAUUGUCAUUUUAAAGAAAGCCGUAAUUAACGAUAUUGACGAGGACAAGAUUAUAAUCAAUCGUGGUAAAAUCAUCAACCAAACCAAAGCUUUAAUUCACAAGCAAUUCUUAUUCAAGUCGCCACGUUUGCUUCUUGCAAUGUAUACAUGUGAAAUACAAGCAGCUGCUGAAGUGUUGGGUAAAGUUUAUGCAGUGGUUCAAAAGCGUGAAGGGUCCAUUAUUUCAGAGGAAAUGAAGGAAGGAACUCCUUUUUUCACCGUUGUUGCUAGAAUACCAGUCAUCCAAGCAUUUGGUUUUAGUGAAGACAUUCGAAAAAAGACUUCAGGUGCUGCAAGUCCACAGCUUGUCUUUGACGGAUUCGAUGUUCUCGACAUUGAUCCUUUCUGGGUGCCUCACACCGAAGAGGAAUUGGAAGAAUUGGGUGAGUUUGCAGAGAGGGAAAAUGUCGCAAGGAGGUAUAUGAACAACAUCAGAAGAAGAAAAGGUUUGUUUAUUGAUGAAAAAGUGGUCAAGAAUGCAGAAAAGCAAAGGACCUUAAAGAAGGAUUAG